AUCAAGUUCUGCCAACCGUCCUCACGCGCCUGAUCAAGCACGGCAGCAUCGUCUACCUUUGGCAGCGUGCCUUUCUUGGCUCACCGUCUUCAUCGCCCUCCUGCUCCGUCUCGCCAUGUCUAGCGGCUUGCCGGAUGAGGUGGUGACCUGCCUCCAGAAUGCCCGCUUUGACUCACAUGAACCCCUCUCCUCGCUUGUUUGAGCAUUUCGUUUCUCCAAACUCUUCCAGCCAAGUGUCGUGAUUUGUACCCACCCCAUAAACACGUGCAUUGCCAACACCCCCGACCCCCUUGUAUGCUCAUGCGCCGUACUAAUGAGUUCAAACAGCUCCAUCUUGCAACAUGCUCGGAAAACAUUCCUCACGUCUCGUUGAUGAACUACACCUACUUACCUAACACUCCGUAUUCUCCAACUCCCACUAUCAUCAUGACAACACCUUCAACUUCCCGCAAGACACAAAAUCUCGAGGCCAACACUCGAGUCUCUCUCCUGGUGCAUGACUGGAUAUCUCACCGCCCUCCAACCUUAAGCCAGCCGGGUCGCUCGCCCUCGCCGUCAGGCCCAGCACCACGUUCGGGAUCCUUGGCCGAACUUCUCCUUGGCAUGAACACCGCGUCCCUGAGUCGCAUCAGCGCCACCAUCAAUGGCGUUGCUGAACUCGUGCCUUCUGGCUCCGAGGAAGAGACAUGGUACAAAGCCCAACACCUGGCUAACAACACCUUCAGUCCUGGUGGCGAGGACACACACUCGGUUCUUCCUGCUGGCGAAGGACUGUGGGGCGGUGGUGGCAUAGAUUUACGAGAAAAUGCUGAUGAAUCACUAAGAGAAGGUGAUGGGGGCACCAAAUGUUACGUCGAGGGAGCAGAGGUCAGAGUUGUCGUAGUCAGGGUUCGUGACGGACGCAUCGCAGACUGGAAAGGCCAAGUCAGAGAUUGGAGCCUUUCAGAAAUCACACAAGAAAUCAGGCCGAACGGAAUGUCGUCAUGAGAAUUACCAGGAGUCUCUUUUGGAAACGACCGACAUGUUUGGAGUUCUACGACUUUUGUCGCGUAUGCAAGGGGUUGCCGUAUUUGCGCAGCAUCUGGUUAGUGGCAUACCUUUCGUCAAAUCAGGUCCAUGUAUCUUAGCGCUAUCUCGUGCGUGGCUUGAUGCUAUCUCCUUUGUCUCAAAAUACCAAUUAGCAGACAAAAGCUGGGGGCUUCUCCUACUUCAUCUCGUUUUCACAUCCCCGUGUUACAUCACAAUACAUGUCACAUGCGAUAGCAUUUAUGAGAAGGCUCAAUGUGCAAGACUACUCC